CCGGGGGUAAAGUGGGCUGUUGUGGGCCAUUUGGGCCAAAAUUACCGCCCGCGUUCCCGUUUUAUUUUCGCCGGGGGUAUUUGGUCGUUUUGGCUUUCUCCCCCACACCCUACACACUCACCCUUGUCGCCACACAUGCACGAGUCGCUCAACCCUACAUCCCUCAGACCGCUUUCCUCCACACCCAGACGUGGCGGCGGCGGCCACCCACCGAGCCCGCCUCACCACCGGCACAUCCCCUUCCCCACACCGCAGCAGGAGAUGAUGGUGGCCAAGUUCCUGCUGCCGGCCGCCAAAUCCCCUUCUCCCCAUCCUCUGGAUCCACUCCUUCCCCCCGGCUCCCUUUCACCGCGUGCUCACCAGAUCUGGUCGCAGAAGACGAUCUUGGGCGUCCCCAGGCUAGGCCGGCCACCGCAGGUCCUCGUCCCCUCGUCCAACGCGGGCUCCCGCAUCCUCGUGCUCUCUAAGUUGGGGGAGGCGCAUCGAUGCUCGGCGGCGUCAGCCCUGCCGCCACCCUCCUCUCCCCCAAGGGCCUCAACAACGAAGGGAUGAUGCCUUCCUCAUCAGGUUAAGAGAAGUUGAAGUGUCAAAGAACCGUGGCGAUCCGCCGGAGCUACCGGCGCGGACUCUGCGCUGCUAGGAGGUUGGGGGCGAGCUGCCGACGUUUCCUCCUUUGCAGCUAGGAGGCUGGGGGCGAGCUGCCGCAGCUGCCGGUGUUGCCUCCUCUGCAUCCAGAAUGUUGGAGACAAGAUGCUGGAGCAGCCUCCAGCGCUCCCAGGAGGUUGGGGGCGAGCUGCAGGCGUUGCCUCCUGCGCAUCCGAAAUGUUGGGGACGAUCUGCCAGCGAAGCUUGCGGGCUGCCGGGGAGGUUGGGGGUGAGCUGCCGCAUUUUUGUACAUUUGGCUGUUUUGGUGGGUUGUCGGAAAUCUCCCCAACGUCUUAUAUUCCGUAACGGAGGGAGUAUAUCUGUUGUUAUGAACAUUUGAGUACUUCGUAUAUCUGUUGUGGUACUGAUGUGUAUCUUGCAGUCAUUUUGGUAUUUGUCUUUAUAUUUUGUGUACAUUCUGUGUAUUCUGGUGUAUAUACAGUUUAAUUCGAGAUUUUUUUUUGGCUC